AUGCUUACUCGCACUUACUGGAAGGUCAUAACCAGCAGACAGGAGCACUUGUCCCCCCUGGCCGAGCUCAUCUCCAAGCUCUGCCUUUCCUUCAUUUUAUCUAGCGCCCUCCGCAAAUUUAUUUUUUCCGCCGGGUCUAUUAUCCCGAGUAUAUUUUUUGUGUUGAUGGUUGCUGCCGCCAUUUCCAAGUCCUUUGCUAAAAUGUCUUCUCGCAUUUCACCCUCGGCCACUUCGUCAUCAGCCACUCCUACACCCGCCUCUACCAGCCCGUCCACCGGUGCUGGUAUCACAACACCACUGGCCUCUUCCGAUUCACGAACCUCUCUUUUGUCUUCCUUUUACGCUCACGCAACCGGAUCCUUUUAUGCUGCUGCCUCGGCUGCAACAUCGUCGGACCGAAUGUCCCUACUCAACGCCAUUGCAGGAAUGGAUGCUUAUAAGGAACGCACCAUGUCUCUUGUACGUCGACGAUACGCUCUCUUUUCUAAAAUGCCAUUCCACCACCGCCAGCUCGCAUCCGAAACCGGUUACCUCGACCGCAUCCAAGCCCUCGAACCCAAAGUCCUUGCAAAUGCAAAAGUUCUUGCAGACAUGUCGCGUUUUGCAAAACAGUUUUACAAUGUAAAACCUGCAGAAAUGCGCGUCGCUAAACCAACAUCAAAUGUCCAAAUAAUCGAGCUCCUCCACCAUUUUGUUCGCGAUUGGUCCCUUGACUUACAAGCACAGCGUGCAGACCUCUUUAAACCUAUUCUUGCCUCCCUCCAUUCUGAAUUCCCCUUGGAAUCAAACAAUAGCAUACCUUCAAACAAUAGCAUACCUAUACCAAGAUCCCGGCGGCGCAUUUUGGUUCCCGGGUCGGGUCUUGCGCGCCUUGCCUACGAAAUUAGCCGUAUGGGAUUCCAAACCGAGGCUCUUGAGUACUCUAGUCUCAUGGACAUUGCCGCAAAUUUUAUCUUCCAUGUUCCGGAAACUACCAGCUCUGCUUCCUUUUUGCUUUACCCUUAUAUCCAUGACUUUUCACACCAAGUUUCUGGUGCAAAUCAAGCACGGCCCGUGGCCAUUCCUGAUACUACACUGUCAUUUGAUCAAGAUCCCCAAUCUCCAUAUAGCCACACGAACCAGUUACCGCUCGUACAGCCUCCUACGCUCAAGAUUGGAUACGGCGACUUUACACAUCUCGUCAGUAACAUUAGGCAACCACGCAUGAUUUCAGAUUCUAGCAGCAGCUUGUCUACUGGGGACGAUAACUCAGAGGAAACCCCUUACCCAGACCAGUACGAUGCUGUUGUGACUCUCUUUUUAAUCGACACUGCAGAAAAUGCCCUAAAGUACCUUGAAUCCAUUCGUGCUCUGCUAAAACCUGGCGGAGUCUGGAUCAACUACGGACCUCUCAAAUGGGGUACCUCGCCACAGGUCGAGUUUACCCUAGAGGAGCUCGAAAUUGUAAUUGCCAAACUCGGCUUUGCUGUCGAGCACCGUUUCCAGGGUAUCAAUGAGUACAACGGCGACUCACAGUCCCUCUGGCAGGGCAUGUACAAAAUUCGCGGCUGGGUCGCUCGCAAACCAUAUUGA